AUGUUCCUGCUGAGGCAUUCAUGUAAACUGGCACUUUGGGAAAAUUCAUUUCCUCGUAUCAAAUCAGCUUCAGACGACAAAGCUUUUACUCAAGCUUUAUUAAAAAGAAACGGUGAUCCGCCACCUACAGCUGGAGAAAAAACAGCUCUUUUAAACUUGGUUACUAAAAUUGAUAAUUUAGAUAUUUGGAAUAAUUUGGUAGUUGCACCAGGAAAAUUCGAUGCAUUUCAACUUGAUGAACUCUGA